AUGACACAGGCUUGUACGCCGAAGCCGCUCCUGGACUUUGUCCGCGGUCGGCGCGAGCUUCUAGAUCACCCUCUACUAUGGACUUUGAAGCAUCUGGAAUCGCUGGGAUGCCACUUCGGUCAUCUUCAGACGUCCGCUUACUCAGAGUCCACGCCGAAGGAUUCCAAGGGUACUGGCGAUGCUGAAGCGCUAGCUCGUCGUUUGUUUCCAGACGUGAAGCUUCGUUCUCUCUGCAGGCUUUUGGCAGGCGAGGGGCGGAAAUUCGCACGCCCUCGCCACGGGUCCCACUUCUACUUCCAAGGCCGGCCGAUCCACCGCCCAUCCUAUAUGACGUUCUAUCGUCGUGAAACCUCACUUGAUAAUAGCUCGCCGCCGCUGGUAGGCUACGUACAUUAUACCGACAUCAAUGGAGACCGCAUAGACCAUUACGAGGGUCUUGCGCGAGCAAGCAGAGUGCCUGGCCGGUGUCAAAGACUCCUCGCUCGUACAACCCCAAAGGACUGGACUGAAGACCCUUACUUCCUUUUUAUUCUGCUGGCUCUUGCGAAGCUGCGAUCACCACUGAUCUUCUUGAUGCGCUGGGAAAUCUAA